GGGAUAAGCGUAGAAACAGGACCCAGGGGCAGGAUCCGGCAGUGUCCCUGCUCACCCACACGACCAGGGAAACUUAUCUGCACCCCUUCAGCUUAUACUGCUUCCUGGGGAGGCGGGCUCUCACACGCCUGGACGUGUUAGUGAUGGGAAGCAGCAGGGUGAGGGAGGGGCCCCAGGAAAGUCCCGAGAGGAGCCCCACUUGUCCCUCCCUGUUUUCGCCUCACCCUCUGCCAACCUGACAGGAACAGGACAGGAUUAGGCACCUGGCCCCCUGCCCCUUUGCCUUUGGGCUUCCCCAGGCCCCUGGAGGGCCCCCAACCCUGCUCGCUCCCAGCUGGCCUCUCGCAGGCGCCUAGGGAUGUCGGUCUGCUACGGUCCCCCGGGGAACGAGACGCUGCUGAGCUGGAAAACCUCGCGGGUCACAGGCACAGCCUUCCUGCUGCUGGCGGCGCUGCUGGGGCUGCCUGGCAACGGCUUCGUGGUGUGGAGCUUGGCGGGCUGGCGGCCCGCAAGGGGGCGACCGCUGGCGGCCACGCUCGUGCUGCACCUGGCGCUGGCUGACGGCUCGGUGCUGCUGCUCACGCCGCUCUUCGUGACCUUCCUGACCCGGCAGGCCUGGCCUCUGGGCCAGGCGGGCUGCAAGGCCGUGUACUACGUGUGCGCGCUCAGCAUGUACGCCAGCGUGCUGCUCACCGGCCUGCUCAGCCUGCAGCGCUGCCUCGCCGUCACCCGCCCCUUCCUGGCUCCCCGGCUGCGCAGCCCGGCCCUGGCCCGCCGCCUGCUGCUGGCCGUUUGGCUGGCCGCCCUGGUGCUCGCCAGCCCGGCCGCCGUCUACCGCCACCUCUGGGAGGACCGCGUGUGCCAGCUGUGCCACCCGUCGCCCGCCCACGCCGCCGCCCACCUGAGCCUGGAGACCUUGACCGCCUUCGUGCUGCCCUUCGGGCUGGUGCUCGGCUGCUACGGCGUGACGCUGGCGCGGCUGCGGGGCGCCCGCUGGGGCGCCAGGCGGCACGGGGCGCGGGUGGGCCGGCUGGUGGGCGCCAUCGUGCUGGCCUUCGGCUUGCUCUGGGCCCCCUACCACGCUGUCAACUUGCUUCAGGCGCUUGCCGCGCUGGCUCCGCCCGAAGGAGCUUUGGCGAGGCUGGGCGGGGCGGGCCAGGCGGCGCGAGCCGGAACCACGGCUCUGGCCUUUUUCAGCUCCAGCGUCAACCCGCUGCUCUACCUCUUCACCGCCGGGGAUCUACUGACCCGGGCGGGUCGCCGCUUCCUCACGCGGCUCUUUGAGGGCUCCGGAGAGGCCCGAUGGGGCGGCCCCUCUAGGGUGGGGUCCAUGGAGCUCCGAGUUACCCCUCGGCUCAAAGUGCUGGGGCAGGGCCGUGGCAAUGGAGACCCUGGGGGCGGGGCGGAGAAGGACAGUCAGGGAUGAGACCCUUGACGUCAAACCCUACAACCGGGCCUGCUCUUCCCUAUCCCCUUCCAUCGCCUCCCAGAACUCAGGGAACCACGCUGGACGGUUUGGGGAUCCUUCUCUGACCAUAGUUUGGAUGCAUCUGGGCAUAAUUAUCAUACAUCUGGGGCAGGCCCAGGUUCCUCAAACUGAGGCACUAUGAGUGGUGAUGGUCAGUGUUAAGGAGUAUCAUGUACUUGCAGGUUGGCAUGUGCCCAGGUGCCAGAGCUGCUUGCUUGUUGCCAAUAGCUAUUGUGAAAUACACUGGGUGGUCAUUAUGUUGCAGCAAAAAUAGAAAUGAGACUUUUCUGAUAAGCAAGGAAAAUAAGCAAACAAUGAACAGGCUGGGGAAACAGCAUAAAUAGGCCUGAAAGAGUUAAGCAAUCUUGGUUACUCUUUAGCUGUUACUACUAACAAACACUUGUAGCUAGACUUGUCCUUCACAAAGCUAAACAAAGCUAAUUACUCUCUGAUUCCAUAGGAAUUAUACUCUGCACCUGGCAUUCUUCUCCCCCUACACUCUCUCACAGCAUUAAAAGAAGGUCACGGGCCGAUAACUUCAGGGACACCAGACUCGGUUGCCUUUUGCUAGCUGUGGCCGUUUUAAAAUAUUGCAAGAAGAAGAAUGCAAAACCUUCACCACUUUGAUCCUUAUCACUUACCCUGGACUGCAAGUUCCACCUAUAAGACCCUCUGUAAUCCCCCAGGAGAGGGGGGGCACAGUUCUUGAGGUGCUAGCCUGCUGUGUUUCCCUCUUGCCUGGCCAAAGGAAUAAAGCCAC